AUAACGUGCACACACACCACCACUUUCACUUUCGCGAAAUUUAUUAGCAAACCGGAAGACAAUUUUGGGGGUUCGUAAUAUUCCGGGGGUCCAAAAAAAAAACACACAAAACCUGCUCCAGCAACGAGACGGAUUGCUGCCUUUUCUAUCGCUUCUUCCGCUACCUCCAAGACGUAAGAUGAGUGCCUGCCGCGUGAGAACGCCGCACAAGAUACGAUCGCUGAUCAAGGUGACCGGACUGGGAGCGGCCGUCUUCAGUGGGUACAGUUUGUGCCGGGGCGAUGAAAAGUUCUACAACAACGUGUUCAUGCCGGUAGUACGUAUGAUUCCACCGGAAACGGCCCACGAUCUGGCGGUACUGGCGGUCAAGUGGAAGCUCUUUCGACCACCGACGGUCGACACGGAGCGAUUACGCACCGAGCUGCUCGGGAUGACUUUCACCAAUCCGAUCGGAAUUGCCGCUGGAUUCGAUAAGCACGGUGAAGCGGUACCGGGUCUGCACCGGAUAGGGUUCGGAUUCGUGGAGAUCGGUUCGGUGACACCGGAACCGCAACCAGGCAAUCCACGGCCCCGGAUCUUCCGGCUCAACGAGGACAAGUCCAUCGUGAACCGGUAUGGGUUCAACAGCGAGGGACAUGAUGUGGUGUUUGAACGCUUGCGGGAAACGCAGAAGCAGCUCGAGUCCGCUAACCGAGCCGUGCUGGGAAUCAAUCUGGGCAAAAACAAACUUUCCCAGAACGCGGUGCAGGAUUACGUGCAGGGCAUUCGGCGGUUCGGUGCGUUGGCCGACUAUCUGGUAAUUAACGUGAGCAGCCCAAACACACCCGGGCUGAGGACGAUGCAGAGCAGGAACACACUCCAGACACUGCUAACGGAGGUGCUGCGGGCACGUGAUAGUUUGCCGGAAACUGAUCGCCGACCGGUGUUGCUCAAACUGGCCCCCGAUCUAUCGGAUGAGGAUCUCAAAGAGAUUGUCGACGUGGUGCAGCUGAAAGCAUGCGCCGUUGAUGGGUUGAUCGUGUCUAACACGACAAUCGAUCGGCCACCAUCGUUGAAGAGUGCUAAUAAGGGCCAGCUCGGUGGGUUGAGUGGGCCACCGUUAAAGCAACGAUCGACGUUGAUGAUCGCGAAGGUUUACAAGCUGACCGGCGGUAAGAUUCCGAUCAUCGGUGUCGGUGGCAUUUUUACGGGUGAGGAUGCAUUUGAGAAGAUCGAGGCCGGUGCCAGCGCUGUGCAGCUGUAUACCUCGUUCAUCUUCCACGGGCCUCCGGUUGUGAACAAAAUUAAACUAGAGUUGGACCGGCUGCUGGAGCAUAAUGGUUACGCAAACGUGCAGGAGGCCGUCGGUAAGGGUGUGGAUCGUUUUAUACAGUGAACUCGGAGCGUGAAUGAGGGUUUUUAAAGUGUCGAAAUAUAUAUU